AAAGCUUGGAACUCCUGUAACCUGGCACCCAUGUUCUAGGAAGGUCCCAUACCAGGCUCACUUGCCUACAGACACAGAGACUUUAGGAUGUUCUCUUGUUGUUUUCCCAGGUACCGGGGCUCUGGAUGCCAGAAACCCCAGUGCACAGGAUUACUCAGAUGUUGGAGAGGUUUCCUUAACCCACGCUGGCGAUGCCUCAGGAUGUUUUCCGGGAGGUCACAUAAGAGCCACAUGCCACAGAUGGAGGACAAGCUGAAUGAGAGCCCCUGCUCUACUUCCCUGAAGGAAAGAAGGAAGCCCCAUGCCAUCAGGACGAAGCCCCGCUGGCUCAGGGGUAUGAACAUCUCACCCAUGCCCGACAAUGAGAACCGUGAGGAAGGGACCAUGGAAGGAGGCUGGAUGCUACUGGAACAGCGAGUGGAGCACCUGGUACCUGCUUUCCUGGGUAGAGACCCCUCCUACCUCUUCACAUUCUUGAGAACAUACAGAACAUUUGCUACCACCCAGCAGGUCCUGGAAAUACUGUUUAUGAGAUACGGAUGCUUCCAUUCAGAGGCUGAGGAGGAUGGCGGACCCCGGGAGCAGGAGAAACUGGCCAUCUCCUCCAUCCUGGGCACCUGGCUGGAUCACUACCCCGAGGACUUUUUCCAGCCUCCAGACUUCACCAGCUUGAAGUUGCUGCGGGCAUAUGUAGGGGUACACAUGCCGGGCUCCGAGCUGCAGCGCCGCGCCCGCCUUCUCUACUCAUGGCGGAAACACCCCAUGGCACCAGCUCCAGAGCCACGUUCAGACGUCCCUCAGGAGCGAGCCCCCGCUAUCUCCGUGGUACCCACUGCAGCCUCACGGCCCAGGCUGCCUGAAGCCACUAGUUCUCCUGGAGCUCAGCGUGUACGAGAAUCGGAGACCCUGACUGCAGUGUCCCCACCAGGGCAGGAAGUACUCCCAGCUCUGGCCGACAGUCAGGAGCUGGAAGAACCACCUGCCCCUUUGGUGGCCCCAGAGCAUGAGCAGCCCCCAGCCCCAGCCGGCAGGGUCACAGAAGGGCUGGAACAACCACCUCCUGCAGCUGAGCAACCAGCCUCAGCUCCCCAACAGCGGCUCAUGUCCGCUGCAGCCCCAAAGGAUGAAUUCCCUGACCUUGUCAUUGCAUUCUUUGUCAUUUCUGUAGUUCUUAUGGAGGUAUUUACUGUCCUUAUAUAUUAGUGUUUUAUAAAUAAAAGAUAAACUAAGUUCCAAACAAUUUACUCUGAUCCUUUGAAAUUACAACUUCAAGUGUCAGUACGUACAUUCGCAGGAUUUUACACCCGUGACCACUAUGUACUCCUAGAACAUUUCCAUCACAGAGACACAUGGACUACUAAUCACCCACGGCUCAUUCCCUCACCCCAGUCUCUGCAACCAGCGAUCUCGGUUUCUGCUGCUUUAGCUCCUCUGGGAUUUCCAUGUGUGUGCAAACACACAACAUGGCCUGUUGUGUCAGGCUACAUGACAGGAGACUGAUUAGUAAUUGCUUAAAUAUUCAAUGGCACUAAUAUUUUAGUGGAAUAUUCCACUCAAGGAAUCCACUAGAGGAAUAGUCCUCAAAGAACAAAGAUUAGGUGAAGCCCCCACUUGA